UGUACCGUAUCCGCAAAAUGCUUCCAUGUCUUCCAUGUCCCAAGUUCUGGAUCGCCCUCCUUUUCAAUCUUCUAAACACUCAGAAUGCGCAAAAGAAAUUUCUUCUUCAAUCGAAAGAGAAGAUGCAGCAGAGGAGGGUGGACAUGUUAAUGAAUGCAGUUGCAGGUCUUCCUCCUGAUUUCAUGAAACCUCAAGAAACCGCACACUCUUUUUCUCUGCAAUCGUAAAGUAAAAAAUGAUGGCUAUGGCGCAUACUGCAAGGCUAAUCUUAGGUUCUAUAGCCUUUGCCAUUUUCUGGAUUCUGGCUGUUUUCCCCGCAGUUCCCUUCCUUCCUAUAGGAAGAACAGCAGGCUCUCUUUUAGGCGCCAUGCUUAUGGUCCAUUUCCAGGUUAUAACUCCAGAUGAAGCUUUUGCUGCCAUCGAUCUCCCCAUUCUCGGCCUCCUCUUCGGAACAAUGGUAGUCAGCGUCUUCCUCGAAAGGGCGGACAUGUUCAAACAUCUAAGCAAAUUACUCGCAUGGAAAAGCAGAGGUGGUAAGGAUUUGCUCUGUCGAAUAUGCAUUAUUUCAGCUAUUUCGAGUGCCCUAUUCACCAACGACACUUGCUGUGUUGUUCUCACCGAGUUCAUCCUAAAGGUUUCUCGUCAGAACAAUCUGCCUCCUAAGCCAUUUCUGCUCGCCUUAGCAUCCAGCGCAAACAUUGGAUCAGCCACGACUCCAAUAGGUAACCCUCAAAACCUAGUUAUAGCAGUUCGAAGCAAAAUCAAUUUUAAAAAGUUCUUGUUCGGUAUUCUUCCUGCAAUGGUGGUUGGUGUUGUUGCCAACAUUUCCAUUCUCCUCAUUUACUUCUCCAAGUUGCUGUCGAUUGAGAAAUUUGAAGAGGUGGAAUCAGUGGCUGAGAUUAUUCCUGAAGAUGAUGUUACUCUCCACCGGUUUUCUCCUGCAACAAUGUCGCACUUGAAUUGUUUGCCUCAUCCAGAUUUGUUUGACGGAAAUGAUGCUGUUAUUCAGUGCUCAUCAUGCAAGGAGUAUGGGCGUGGAGAUAAUCUAAGGAAUAGAGCGAGUAUUAGUGAAAAUGAAAUGCUAUUAGGCGCAAAUGUGAGGAGUAGUAGCAGGGUGAAUUGUGCGUCGAGUAGUUGUAUCACUCAGGCAUUGAAUGACAAGGAUUGCUCCAUUCAAAGAUGGAAGGACCUUUUGUGGAAUUCAUGUGUCUAUAUUGUGACAGUAGGAAUGCUCGUAUCUCUUCUAAUGGGGUUUAACAUGUCCUGGAGUGCUAUUUCUGCUGCUCUAGCUUUGAUUGUGCUUGAUUUCAAGGAUGCAAGGCCUUGUCUUGAGAAGGUAUCAUAUUCUUUGUUGAUAUUCUUUUGCGGGCUGUUUAUAACCGUUGAUGGAAUCAACAAAACUGGCUUACCAAGUGCCCUUUGGGAGUUCAUGGAACCCUUUGCACGCAUUGACACUAUAGAAGGGGUUGCAGUUCUAGCUCUGGUUAUUCUUUUUCUUUCAAAUGUUGCCUCCAACGUGCCCACGGUUCUGCUUCUGGGUGCUCGGGUAGCAGCUUCAGCCGCAGCUAUAUCUCCGGCUGAAGAGACGAGAGCUUGGCUCAUAUUAGCCUGGGUGAGCACUGUGGCUGGAAAUCUUUCGCUGCUGGGAUCUGCAGCUAACUUGAUCGUUUGUGAGCAAGCCAGAAGAGCACAAUUUAGUUAUAAUCUCUCAUUUUUUGGCCAUCUACGGUUUGGGCUCCCAUCAACUCUUAUCAUCACUAUGGUUGGCUUGUUUCUCAUUAGGAGUUAUUGAACGGUUUCAUUGUGGCUCAUCCCCUCUUGUAUCCUAAAGUUUAUUCUUUCGAAUGGAAAACAUUAAUAAGUUGUAUGAUAUAUUCGUACGUCUUUGGCUUCGAGGAAAAAUUUUUGUGUUCAUUGUUCAGAAACUUCUGUGUCCGGACAAUAGCAGCGAUGUACUGAUCGCGGGGGUUUUUAUUUUCCUUCUCAAUUGCGAUUAAUG